UUUCCGACAGCCCCUGAAGGCAGCACAACGUAACGUCCUGGUGGGCGUGUCCUGGACUUACUGUGACAGUUGAGCUUGUUCGGGCUGUGUAUGGAAAACUCUGGAAGUUUCCACGCGGUUUAUAAAGACAACACUCGAGGCGCAGCCGUCGGAGUAGAUCCAAAGGACGGACCGAGGAGGAGCGACUGCAGUUUAUAUAAACAGCCCUCUGGAUGGUCAAAAUGGGUAAAGACUACUACGAUAUUUUGGGAAUUGCGAAAGGAGCGUCCGAGGACGAUGUAAAGAAAGCUUAUCGUAAACAGGCGCUGCGCUUUCAUCCCGACAAAAACAAGUCACCGGGAGCCGAGGACAAAUUCAAAGAAAUCGCCGAGGCUUACGACGUCCUGAGCGACCCAGAUAAAAAGGACAUUUACGAUCGUUACGGAGAAGAAGGUCUGAAAGGCGGAGGCCCCCCAGGUGGUGGUGGUGGUAGUGGUGGUGGUGGUCCUGGUAACUUCAGCUACAGCUUCCAGGGCGACCCUCAUGUCAUUUUUUCAGAGUUCUUCGGUGGACGUAACCCCUUCGAACAGUUCUUCGGUGGCCGCAAUGGAGGCAUGGAUGAGGAUAUGGAGACGGACGACCCUUUUGCUCGCUUUGGGAUGGCGGGAGGUGGAAUGGGUGGGUUCCCUCGGUCCUUCGGCUCUGGUAUGGGAGGAAUGGGCCCUCACAGCAGUGUUGUGAAGAAGCCUCAAGACCCCCCCGUGGUUCACGAUCUCAACGUGACCCUGGAGGAAGUUCUGUCAGGUUGCUUAAAGAAGAUGAAGGUGUCUCGUAAAAGGCUGGAGCCCGAUGGGCGAACAAUAAGGAUUGAGCAUAAGAUCCUGGAGGUGCAGAUAAAGAAAGGGUGGAAAGAGGGCACAAAAAUCACGUUUCCCAAAGAGGGGGACGAGACUCCCACAAACAUUCCAGCGGACGUGGUCUUUGUGUUAAAGGACAAGACGCAUCUGAAAUUCAAACGCGACGGCUCGAACAUCGUUUACACUGCAACGAUUUCACUCAGAGAUGCCUUGUGUGGCUGUACGAUCAACGUGCCCACGCUGGACGGCAGAUCGGUGACCGUGUCAACGACGGAUAUCGUGCAGCCGGGGAUGAAGCGGCGCAUCAACGGCGAGGGGCUGCCUCAUCCAAAACGCCCCGAUCGUCGAGGCGACCUAUUGGUGGAGUAUGAGGUCAAGUUCCCAGAACGGCUCAGCCAGAGCGCCCGGGACACCAUCGCUCGGGUCCUCCCGCGAUCCUAAACAAGACCAACGGACAUCCAGGACUGUCAGAACUAUCACACUAAGCUGCCGACUAUUUUUUUUUUUUUUUUUUUUAUCAGUCAUUUUUCAUGUGGCUUUAUAAAUCACAUGAGACAAUACAGGACAGACUUUGUAAAAAUGCUUUUUGAGAAUGACUGCAGCAUUUCACAGGGUAACAUGUAAAUAUGACUAAUGUUUUGUGUUUGAUACUGAAUAAGAUUCUAUUUUGAUGGAAAUAACUACAGUGUACUGUAUUAUGCAAAAAUACAUGUGCAUAUAAUCUGUUUUAUUUGUAUUAAAGGUUCAACACUUCCAUGAAAGAUGUUAUGUUUGUUUGUUUGAAUGACCAGCGUCACAGCUCAAAUUCAACUAAAAAUGUGUUUGUAAACUGAUGAUGCAACAACAGGCAGUACUUAUUGCUGGACUGAAUUUUCAAGCACUGUUAUGAAAGAAGAAAUGGAAACUGGUGCUGGAAAGAUGAACCAUGUCAACACAGUAACUUGUGCAUAAUGGACCGUGAUUGAUUUGAUGUCUCAAAACAUCGUACGACACAAGACGACAAGCCUCUCUCAUAUCUGAAUUAAAGAAAAACCAGAUCCAACGUGUUAAUUAGUGAGCUUUAAAGAUACUCGUAGGCAGAUUUCAGUCUUAAUGCUGAGCCAACAGUCUGCUAGCUACAGCUUUGUAACGGUCAGAUAUGAGAGUGGUGUCAAUGUUCUCUAAAUUUCUGCCAGAAAGAAGAUUUUGUGGAACGAGUGUCAAGGCCUUCCCCCUUCAGUUGGUGAGUGUGAACACUGCCCUCUGGUCUUCUUCUGCUCCAUGAAGUUCAAACAUCCAAAUGAAGCAACACAGAGAAAAGCAUUAAUAAUGCUUUUUAAUAAAACUAAAUAUAAAAUUCAGUCCCCCUUCUCACGCAAAUCA